AUGGAAGAACAACGCCUCUUCAGCUCCGGCAGCAGAUGGUCGAUCGACGGCCACGGCGCGUCGCCUCUCCCUCUUUCUUCCUUUCGCGGGGAAACAAUAGAAGCGGAGCCUCCAAUCAUUCUUGAGCGUCGGAGCACAAUUGAGACAGGUGCAGAGCGCCGCGUCUCCCAGCUAUCUACUUCGCAGGGGGGAACCAAUGGGCCAUUGGGCACGAAGCACUUCGAUGUGGACUCCCUGGUUCGUUCCGGGGGUUCUGCACACCGCUCAGGUGUAUCGGGAGCUGCGACCCCUGCGCCUCCUUUCCCCUUGAAGUGUUCAGACACCACAGAGGCUCCAGCGCCUGUGUUUAGGGGUGAUACCUUCGCCUGCACCACAGAAGAUUUUCUCACCAGCGACACCACCUAUGUGGCACAGCUGCGAGAAGAGCUAUGGCAGGCCCUGGCCGCUCAUGUGGCCGCCAGGACCCUGCAGAAGGUAGACGCUGCUCUUGAUUGCCUUGAGGAGAUAGAGUGGUUUUGGGGUAAAGAAUGCGUGGAGGAGGUUCACAGCGUCCGGUCAAGUCUCAAGGACGGCAAAUUUGACUGCGCGAGCUCCACGAUAAGUCGUGUGGUUGGAUCCAUGUCUUCUGUUACAGGCAGCAUGAGCGGCCGUCAACAUGUGUUUUACGUGUUGGUGGUGGUGCCUCCCUGCACCUAUUUGAAGACCGACCACCGGUUAAACUUGGCCUCUGAGCUGCGGCGCAUCUCGAGCACUGAAUCAAUAGAGGGAGAUUUAGCUUACCGCAUAGUUGAGGUGGACACCAUACGGCGGGCGCUGUUGGCUGUGAUCGUCAAUCCAGAAAUCUUGGCCGUCUGCAUUCAAGACAAUGUGCCCGUAGAGCACUCGACGGCGCGUUCUUUGUCAGGGCUCGAGGGCUUUGUGCGAGGAAUAGACCGGUUUGUAGAGGGACCCAUAGGUAAAAUGAAGCUGGGAGCACCUGUAAUCCCCACGCUGGUGCGCAGCCUGCACCAGUGCCGCCGCGCGUUGGAUAUCUACUGUGUAUGCACGGGCCUGGGCUUGGCCUCUCUCGAACACGUCGACCACCUCGUCAAACGCGCGUUUCUGCCGAAUGAUGACCACUCGGACCUGCACGAAGCCAUCCUUGAAGGGGUUCGAAGCAAGAUGCGCUGUCCAUUCUUUGAGGCGUUGAGGCACUACGCCGAGCGCCCCAUCGGCGUUUUCCAUGCCCUGGCAGUUUCUCGCGGAAAUUCCGUACGCAGAAGCAAGUGGAUUCAAUUUUUGAUCGACUUUUAUGGCACUGCUUUAUUCAAGGCGGAGAGUUCAGCCACCUGCGGUGGCCUUGAUUCACUAUUAGAUCCCCACGGAUCCCUCCUAGAGGCGCAGACGCUAGCUGCCCGAGCCUUCGAUGCAAGCUACGCGUUCUUCGUGACUAACGGAACAUCUACGUCUAACAAGAUAGUUGUGCAAGCGCUGACGCGGCCUAAUGAUGUGGUGCUGAUAGACCGUGACUGUCACAAGAGCCAUCACUACGCUUUAGUGCUUGCCGGAGCUCGGCCCUGUUACUUGGAUGCGUAUCCGCUCCAUGAGUACUCCAUGUAUGGUGGAGUUACUCUGACUGAUAUUAAGAAGACUUUGCUUGGCUACCGCAGCGCUGGUCGACUGAAUGAUGUGCGGUUGCUGGUUAUCACAAACUGUACCUUUGAUGGCAUCGUUUACAACGUGAAGAGGCUCAUGGAAGAAUGUCUUGCCAUAAAACCAGAUCUUGUCUUCCUCUUUGAUGAGGCCUGGUUCGCCUACGCCGGAUUUCAUCCCAUCCUCAAGACUCGAACUGCCAUGCACUGCGCUAAUGAGCUCAGGAGAGAAUUGAUGGAGAGGAAGUACCACCAUCUGCACACGGCGUUGCUGAACACGUUGAAGGUAUCCUCACUGGAAGAGGCAAGCGCUGCGUCGCUUUUGUCUCAUCGUUUGUACCCAAAUCCACAUAAAGUGAAAGUCCGCGUCUACGCGACUCAGUCAACUCACAAGUCGUUGACCUCUCUGCGCCAGGGUUCGAUGGUGCUUGUGAAUGAUGACCUAUUCGAGUCCCACGUGCACACAUCCUUCAAGGAGAGCUAUUACACUCAUAUGUCCACAUCACCAAAUUAUCAAAUAUUAGCAACACUAGAUGUAGGACGGUCUCAAAUGGAAUUGGAGGGAUACGGGCUUGUAGAAAGGCAACUGGAGGCCGCGUUCCUUAUUCGGAACGCACUCGGCAAGGACCCGUUCGUAUCCAAGUACUUCAAAAUCCUAGGACCGCAUGACAUGAUCCCUGCCAGCCUCCGCCAGUGUUCAGUUCAAGAAAAUUGCCUAAAUGGUUUAAUUGACGAGCAAAUGAAUGUUCAGACGUUGGAGGAAGUUUGGCUUUCCGACGAUGAGUUCGUCUUGGACCCAACCCGUAUUACACUUUACACAGGGAAAUCUGGCCUGGAUGGGGAUACCUUCAAGGUGAAAUGGCUGAUGGAUAAGUACGGAAUUCAAAUAAACAAAACGUCAAGAAACAGUGUGUUGUUCAUGACCAACAUCGGCACCACCAGAUCAUCCUGUGUUUUUCUGAGAAGCUGUAUUCGACACUGUGCACAGGAGCUCGAAAUGCGGCGGCUCUUAAGCAGCCGCCGCGAGCUGGAGGAGUUGGAACAACAAAUUGACUGGAUUGUUCACGACUGCCCGGCGCUUCCCAACUUUUCUGGCUUUCAUCCCGCAUUUUCUCAGGUUCCUUUGCAGCCCAUGAGUACCAAAAUUGGAAGCAGUGACAAGCAACGCGGGGAUGGUACCCCUGUGGAGAGCCCGAGGAGCGUUGAUCAUGGAUCCAGCGACAGCAGCAGCACACACUGUGAAGCUUGCAUAAGAGACGGAGAUGUGCGGGAGCCCUUCUAUUUAAGUUACGACGAGGAAAACGUCGAGUAUUACAGCCUGAAGGAAGCCAUAGAAUUGAUCAGAAAUGGUAGAAUUCUCGUCGGCAGCACCUUCAUCAUCCCGUACCCACCUGGUUUUCCUAUAUCCGUCCCGGGACAAAUCCUGUCGGAGGCGAUAGUUGAGUUCAUGAUCAAAAUUGACGUAAAGGAGAUCCAUGGCUUCGACCCCAAGUUGGGCCUCAGAUGCUUCAAAGAGUCGCUACUUGAAAAUCUCAUGGAAGCCCGUGAAGUCCACGAGCCAACUUUGAGAACGGAAUCGCCACAACAGCGCAGCGAAAACAAAUAUUAUGGCAACUAA